AUGAAUUUCGGUUUUGGCUUUAAUGGACAACAACAACAACCCAAUCAACCUCCACAAAUGAAUAUGGGAUUUAGCAUGCAACCACCACAACAACAACCAGGAAUUGGCAUGAGUGUUGGUUUUGAUACCACUUAUGGCGGAAUGGGAGUGAAUAUGAAUAUGGGAAUGCCCAUGAUGGGAAUGAAUGUGGGAAUGACUGUUCCACCACCUUCGCAACCAUCCACCAUGAUGUACAACAACAACACCUACAUGCCUCCUCAACAACCACAAUACCAACCACAACCUCAGGUCCAUAUGACCACUAUGACCACUACCACCAGUACCAUGAUGGGAGGUUCCUCCAAUUUGGGAAAGCAAAUUCUUGCAGCAGUCCAAGGAGCUUCCUUUGAUAGUGAUAAGGUGAAGGCUGUUCAGACUUAUUCUUCCUCUCAACACGGACCAGUCUAUGCUCAAGAAAUUGUUUCCAUCUUGAAUGCCUUUGGUUUUGAUAAUGAUAAGAUUAAGGCUUUGACUCAACUGAAAUCGACCAAUAAUGUGGCUAGCAUGUCCUGUUCCGAUGCUGCCAAUAUUCUCUCUUGCUUUGGAUUUGAUAAUGAUAAGAUGAAGGCUUUGGAAUUGAUUGCUGGUCAAAUCUAUGAUCGUAUGCAAAACGCUGAGACUGUGGUGAGCAAAUUUGGUUUCUCGAAUGAUCAAAAUAAGGCCAGACAAGUCUUGAUGAAGUAA